CGUUACCGUUUCCGCGACAGCAGUCAACCGCAACCGCAGCAAUGAUGGCUCGUAGGGGCUGUCGUUCUCGAGCGGCUACCGAACAAGUCCGAACGCUCCUUAUAACCCAGAGCCAACUGCUUAGAACGACAUGGGCUGCAGGUAGAGAAAAGGGGCUCGUGAACGCUGAAGGAAAAAAGCCGAAAUGAAGCCUGGCAAGGUAACAGACAGUUUUGCAGACGCUAUUCUAACAACGACAACAAGCACGAGGAUAUCGAUUGUGGUUGGGACGACGCUAAAAUGGCACGUAAGAAUCAUCCUGAACGUCUGACCAUCGCCGAUGUCGAUUAUCCUUGACCGUUCCAUUGUUGUUCUCAUCGUUGUUCAAGGGAAUCCUACGGGAAAAGGUUCGUACACUAUUCGUAUCGGGCUUACCUAUGGACGCCAAGCCCCGCGAGCUCUACCUGUUGUUCCGGGCGUACAAGGGCUACGAAGGCUCGCUACUCAAGGUCACCUCGAAGAACGGGAAGACUUCAUCGCCCGUGGGGUUCGUGACGUUUUCGACCAGAGCCGGCGCCGAAGCAGCGAAACAAGAACUACAGCAGGGAGUCCGCUUCGAUCCCGACCUGCCGCAAACGAUCCGACUCGAGUUCGCCAAAAGCAACACCAAAGUAUCCAAGCCGAAACAAACGAGCCAGGGUGGCGUCGGCAUCCCGCAGGUGUCUCCGGGAGCAGCUCAUCCCGCCACACUGCUUCAUCCUCUAACCGGACCGCAACUUCGCUAUUUCCUGCCGUACUACCUGGGCUCUCUGGGCUCGUCGUGAAGCGGGCCUUCGACGCCCGGUCCAGGCCACCGGCCUCCCGUCUUCCUCACAGCCCUUCAAUAGCUGAGUCGAGUCUAUUUCUCCCAGUCGAUGAAGUCGUCUCCUCUAGUCAAAAGCAGCGAACUACCAUAUCGACAUUGUCCGGGAUCGAACGCAUAUGUGACGCAUUCCGCCAAGAUCGUUUGAACACCUGUCAAACAGGUUGAGAGUGUGAAAAGUUCCGCUGCAAUCCUCAGAGCCCACCUCCUUCCCCCGCCCCCGCCCCUUCGUUGUUACCUAGUCAUUAUUUAAGGGAGGAACAAAUCCAGAUGUCAAAGUGUUCAUUCCUGAAAUUCCCACAAACCUCCUCCCACAUAUUCCAAUCGUCCUAAUUCCUAAUGUUUUUACUACCUCUAGAACUUAGUUGUAUGUGUGUGCGUGUGUGUACAUUCAAAUAAAAACAAAAGAAAACUUCGAAUAAAAAUGAACGAAUCGACAAUUUUUUAACGGGCAACGUUAGAAGGCCGAACCAGCUCUGAUAGUGAGUUGAAUGAGACGCGAUAAUACGACAACAACAAACAUACUAUACAUCGCAGGAAUGGUAUAUCGUUUGGGAAUACUCCUCAGUAUAUCUACAAGUAUGUAAGACGACGCGACAAACAAAUUAGAAAUGUCAAUAGUAUUAAGUAUAUAAUAAGCGAAAUCAAUAACGAUACUACUAUUCUCGAUUCCAAAACGAAAACGAUAACAACAAUUUAAGCACACAAAUAACAUGCAAGCGAACGUGUACAACGAACAUGUCGUCUCAAAAUACCUUAUCUUUUUAGAAAAACAGGAUGACGCCUAUGAUGAUGACAAUGACGUCUCAUGGUGACUAGAUUAAAGACGGAUUCGUGCAAACAUACAAAACUAUAUACACAAAAAUGGACCGUUUUGUGAGGCUGGUAUUGCCCUAUAGGACAUCUGUUAUGUCAACCAACAAUAUGACAUGACGGCAAGAGUGAAGCCUUUAUUUUCUAUAUUUGUGCUAUCGUCACAGUAACAAAAAGAGGGGCAAUGAAAGCCAUUUUCUGAAUAAAAAAUCUUUUUUCUCAAGUGGAUCUUGUAAUGCAUGCAUCUCACGUGAGUGAUCGAGAUCUGUGCGACCUGCAACGAACGUUUUAAAUGUCGUAAAGUUUACAUAGAUACUGAUACAUUUGAUCGAUGAAUGAGCAUAUAUGUAUAUAUGUACAUAUAUAUAUGUGUGUGUAAGAUCAAGAAUUAGCCACUCGUUUACGGUCAUUGUUUGACUAUCUAAAACAAUUACGAUGGGCAAAGGAACAAGUGAAAAUAAACAAAGACAAACAACUAAACCCUCAUAUACAUAUAAGGGAACGCUUUAUAUAUAACUCGCCCCUCCUAAAUUACUCAAUUCUUCCGUAUGUCCUUAACAGAUAGAACCACUGAACCAAUACUCUGCUAAAUAAAAGGAAUAGUUUUCCUGACGAGCGACACUUGUACAGAAGCUUUCAUGGGGACUAAUUUCAACUAGAUUUUUUUUUAAAUCUCUAAUAAUUUAUAAAAUCUGCUACAAAUAACGAAUCCCACUUUCUGUUACUCUACAUCAACUUCGGUGAGGAUCGAAAGGAGACCUUUACGGCCCAUUGCCCACUGAAGGAUACCAAAAAUCGAUUUCAAUAUCAAAUACAAAAGGGAGUGAAACCAUAGCCUAAUAGAAACAUAGAAGUUCGAUCUCCAUCGUCCAAAGAGAAACAUAGAAGGCCAUUAGUGAACAGACAGACAGACACACACAGACGUACAUACUGGUUUGCUACGUAUUCGGCGAAAAUAUGUCACGAGAUGUGGCUGAGCCCUUAUAUCGACGGAAGUCGGACGGGGGUGGUAUAUGGGGGCUGAAAACGCAGUUUCACACGUCUGAGAUCACAGUGACGUGUGCUAUGGUUACUUGCCGACAAUUAGCGGCGGCGUGAUCGGAGAUCGGGUAUCGUCUGUAGCGGCCGACCGAUUUUCUGCCGCAACGAUUUUGGAGCAGUGCUUAUUUGCCUAUUGAGAGGAACGGCGAUCGCGUUUAAGGAGAGGUUAUGCAGUUUAAUAAAACAUUUUAAUAAUUCAGAGAAGUUAAGACCAAUAGAGCGCGUUGUAGGACUGCACCAUAUUGUGGCAACGAAGCGUGAUAGAGUGAUAGCGUUUGAGGGUAGCAAUGAAAACGCGCGGAGGAGAUGGGCGGAAUUAACGGAACGACUGGUGGAGUAGGUGAAUUGAUCUUGGCUGCUUGUCGGUUAGUCCGUGGUCGUCAUUUCUGCCAGCAGUUCUGCUGGGAUCCAUUGCUUAUUGCUGGCCGCUGGGAGCUGAAGAACCUGCCGAGUCACCGAAGAAGACCCGGAAGUCUUGGAGGAGGCGGACGUGGUGCUA